AUGGCGAAAGCUUCGAAAAGGCGUCGCGUAAAAGAAGAAUUGAAAAAGACUCGGAAACAGCCGUCGUCGCAUCGUCGUCAUGUGCAGAGCAAAGAGAAAAGGGAAGCGACUCGCGAGAAACGGAGUCGAAGCCACUCUCCGGCCAACGGAACGCCACGUGGAUCGGCCAGAAGACGUGCGAAAAGUGAAGAGAAGCCGAGGAAACCGAAGAGAAAGUUCGGGGAGCGGAUGAGAAAAGUAAAGUACACGGACUGCGAAUGGUACUGGGGACUACACACUCAGAUGGACGCGGAAGUACGUUCGCACGGGCAGAACCUUCUGGAAAUGACUCUUUUCAGAGGUACCUAGCGGACUACAACGUGGGCACAUUCUUAGUCAGAAGCCAGCCGUUCAAAGAGAGAACCGUCAUUCUGAUCUCGAUCGUCACAGACAACACCGAGUUCGCGCACCUGGAAAUCAUCCCGAACGGUCCGAAAUGGGAGCUGAAGGACACGACGACGCGGCACGAAACGAUCGUCGAAUUGGUCACUCACUACCGAAAACAUCACAUCGGAAAUACCAACAUGAUUUUGAGUUCCCCGGCGCCGAAACCUGGCUGGCUCCUCAGCAAGAAAGAUAUUCUGUGAGCAGUCGAAAGAUUUUUGUGAAUGUUUCAAUCUUUUUCAGAGCGCCAGCAGGAGCCCAAACACUUGGAGCGGGAAACUUCGGAAGGGUGAUCAUCGGAUCGUAUCAACGGCGACUCGUGGCCAUCAAGUUUGUGACCAAGAACGGGCUGUUGGUCGACAGAGCGGAGCUGAUGAGGGAAGCGAUGAUAAUGGCCAGGCUGGACUGUCCGUAUAUUGUGAAGGCAAGGUUUCGAUGGGGAUAUCUGCUAUAAACACUGUUGAAGAUGGUCGGGAUCUGUUUGGAUGCCAAAGCGCCGAUGCUCCUAGUGGAAAUGCUGUCUUGCGGUCUGGAAAAACAUCUGGAGAAUCAUGUGAGCCCUUCUUCACAAUCCCAGUACACUUUCUCUGUUUUUAGGGCAAGAAGACACAGUUCUCCGAGAAACUUCUUUGGUGUUGGCAGCUUGCGAAAGCAUUGAAGUAUUUGGCAGAUAUGUGAGAGAAUGAGCACAUAUGAAAAGCCACAAAGAUGACGUUUAGGAAAAUAGUCCAUCGUGACUUGGCAGCCAGGAACGGCAUCUUCAACCGGUACGGAAUCCUGAAACUCAGCGAUUUUGGAAUGUCGGACGAUGAGGAUAAGGUGCUGAUCGUGGCCACGUCGAAGGAUCAAUUGCCCAUCAGAUGGUUGCCUCCAGAAUCGGUGAAGCCUAAAGAGGGAAAGUUCAAUGAGAAGACGGAUGUUUGGAGUUUCGCUGUCACUUGCAAUGAGGUAACCAAAUAAUAUCCAUUUUCAUCUCUUUCUUUCCUAUUUUUAGAUUUUUCAAAACGGUGAAAAGCCUCUGCAGCACGUCCCUUCACACACUUUACUCAAACGGAUCAGGGACUACAAUGGAGGACCUCUCCACCUGGUCCCGACGCCGAAGAUCGUUCCCCAAGAAGUUGCUGACUUCCUCUACAAAUGCUGGGAUCCGAACAAUGAAGCACGGCCCAAUUUCGCAGCCAUCUUCGCAACCAUCGACACGUGGAUCCGACUGAAGUUCCGUCCUCCGCCCAUCAAAGAGUGGACCGUCCGACUGAUCAGGAAUUGUUGUCCGUUGAGGCCUAUUGAGUACGAGCUGCUCUAUAACAACGAAUGGGAUAUUGUGGAGCCGGUGAAAAAAGUGAGGAAGAAGAAGAUAAAGCAGUUUACGAGGAAGAGGAAGAGAGUGAAGAUCGGGAAAGACGGGAAACCGAUCAAGAAGGACUUGCGGAAAAGGAUUCGGAAGUUGAAGAGAAGACUGCGCAAGAAGCAGAAAAGACGUCGGAUGAGGGAGAAGUUGAGGGUGUGGAGGGUCAGGAGAAGGGAGGAACGGAGAAAAAGAAAUGUGAGUUAGGAGUGCACGAGAGAUACUGUAAUUGAUCCUUCAGGCAAUGGAUGAAUGGAAUCGGCAACGUCAUCAUCUCCGCAUCGAACCGACUCGCCCUAGAAUCCGUCCGAAGUUUGAGAAGUUAGUCACUCUCUACUACGACCUGAUGCGCUUCAAGUGGCGAAAGCAGGCUCCGACGCGAGAAACACAUCUUCCUCUCCGUCAGAUGCGUCUCAUCAACAAACAGUCGACACAUCCGGCGUCCCGAAACGGAAAGGCCAUCCGAGUGAUAAUGUCGCGCGUAGUCCGACUGAAGAAACCUUUGUUCGCAAAGCCAGUGUUCCCGAAAAUCCCGAAACCAAUCAUGCAGAAGAAGAUGUCGGCGAAGAAGCGCAGGACGAAUCCGACGAGUGUACUGAAGCAGGACAGGGACAAGGUACGACGAUUGGAUCCGAAAGAGGUUGCCAAGAAGAUGGAACUGGCACGGAAUCCGAAAUUGCUGAAAAGAUAUAAGAGAAAGCGGAAGCGAAUACUGAGGAAGCGAAGAAAGCGCAGACUGAAAAGACGGAUAAGAAGAAAGGGAAGGAAGCGGAUCCGUGGAAAGAGAAGGCAGCAUCGGAAGAGAAGGAGGAGACGACUUUAUCGGAGAAAAAAGCGGAACAUGCGGAGAAAAGUGCUGGCUUUGGAGCAAAAGAGCAAAAUGAGAGAGUUGUACAGCAGAAGGCUGGCGAAAAAACAGAUGAUCGCAAGACGGAAAAGGCUGAAAAGAAUAGGAAUGAUUCUCAUCAACUGGAGGAUUAUCCGGAGAAUUCUUCUCAAAAAAAAGGUGAAAAGGAUGUUGGUGCAACAGGAAAAGAGAGUUCUGAAGAAGACGAAGGCGAGGAUAAAAUCGAACGAGGCACAGAAGAUGAAGCAGCAGACAGGCACGGAACGGGGGGAACGGUCGCUUGCGCCGACGUCUAUCGUCAAGAAAGCGAGCAAACGGAAGAAGAAUAAGAAGCAGUGA